AUGUUUCGUUCCGGUCCCUUGAUUGCGAUUUUCGUCGCUGCAGUUUCCAUCCUCAUCAUCAUCUAUUCACCAGCAAACAGCUACAUCAACCACCUUCAACAACUUACCACAAACUUCAUCUUCACAAACAAAUCAUCAACAAUAGAAGCAGCUCAUCAGAGCCAAAUGAUCAACGCUGCAAAGAACAUGUCCAAGUCACUCCGCCAAGCAAAGAUCACUCCCCACCGUUCCAGCAACAGGGGUCACAGCGACCAUGGCUGGCUCAACACAUACCACUCGUUUUCUUUUGCCGACUGGUAUGACCCAAAGUUCACUCACUUUGGUUCUCUCCGCGUCCUCAAUGAGGAUCGUGUAAAGGCCAACUCGGGUUUUCCCACGCACCCUCACCGUGACUUUGAGAUCUUCUCUUACAUCAUUGGAGGAGAACUCACACACCGAGACUCAAUGCUCACCAAGGGUAAGGAGGGAGGCCAGUCCGACAAGUUCUUCCGCAUGAAUCGAGGAGACGUCCAAUUCACUACUGGUGGAACUGGCAUCGCCCACUCUGAAUUUAACGAGCACAAGUCCGACACUGUGCACUUUCUGCAGAUCUGGGCCAUUCCCUGGAAGCGCGGCCUGGUUCCCCGAUACCACACCCGUCACUUCAGCGAUGAGUCCAAGAGACAGGGCUUUGUCAAGAUUCUGAGCCCUCUCAAGGGCGGCGAGGAUGCUACUGCCCAGCAGGAGAAGGUUGCCGAGCCCGUCAUUCCCGACACCAUCCCCAUCCACGCCGAUUUUGUCAUGGGAGCUGGUAUCAUCGAGCCAACCAACAAGUUCGAAUGGACAGUUGGAGGAGGCGCUACUGAGCAAACCAAGAGAAAGGUUUACGUGCACGUUCCCAUGACCAAGGGAGGAAAGGCCAAGAUCCGUCUGGAUGGCCGCGAGGAUGCUGAGAUCUUCGAAGGCGACGGCGCCUUUAUUGAGGGUGUCAACGCCGGAGAUAAGCUCGCAGUGGAAAGCAUUGGUGAGGUAGAGGCAGAGGUUGUUGUUUUGGACACUGCAUAA